AUGGACGACCUCAUGAGCUUUGAUGCCUCUCCAGUGCACGAGACGGUCACUCCAGGCCGACGAGAUGCCGAACCUGCAACUUCCGUGUUCGACUGCGCCCCCCUUGACUCAAGUCAAGUCAAUCUUCGAGAGUCGCCAAACGUUACAUCAUCAACAUCUGGUGCACUUGAUCCCAAAGACGAGCUGGCCGUGGCAAAUGAUGCCGCGUUCGAGGCUGUACUGCAUCGACCUCGCCAGCCGGUGUACCUCGAUGCUCCUCCGCUCCUCGAGCAGUGGGCAAAGGGGCCGAAAGGGAAGGAGCGGCUCCGUCAACAGGGCAUUCCAACGCAACGUGGCCGGGCUUGCUUGGUCCUGUCGCACAAUGGACAGGUUCUCGAUGGUGUACUCUUGGCAACAUAUGAGGAGCUCGCCGAGGUGGCGAAAGAUCAGGAAGGCUAUCUGUUUGAAAUUCAGGAGCCCUUGAGUGGACGCCCUUUCCUCUACAUUGAAGCCCCAUCCCAGUCGCUUGCAGCCAGCUGCCUGGAUGAAGCCCGCACCAUUGCCCAGAACAUCAUAGAUGACAAGGCCACCAAGCUUGAUCUCGUCCUGAUCGAGCCGCCCAGUGCCCCAUUGCAGUCACUGGUCGUACAGCUCCAACUUGGUCGUCCUCAACUUGUUGCCAACCAAACCAGUCCGCUUGACCCGGACAAUGACGGGCUCCGAAAGACAUGGUUCGAGAGCAAGCUGCGACAGGAAUUAUCAUGGGCUCUCAAGAAAGCCGGCCGCAUCAAGAAUCGAGUCACCUUGCGCGUUCACCUGGGCCACUUUCUUUUGAGAUCAUUUCCUCCACAGCAAAGCCGAAUACCAGGCACUGAGACGGGCUUGGAUUUCGAGGCAUUCCAUAGGGCGGUCCGUCAUCCUCGCACCAGACACGACUUUGCAACCAAGAUUGGAAGCCUCGAGCAAGCCCUCCGAGUCCUGCAGGCCAUCAAAUCACAAAACGAGCUGUUUUGCUCCGAGGACAUGGCUAUUACCCUUGCCGAUGUACAGCCCGAAUACUACUUUGGUGGUGAGGUGGAAGAGUGGCAAUUCAGUGCUCGCCUGCGCCCCUGGAGCGCCACCGCAACCGAGAUGAAGCGUGGCAAGAAGCCUCCCAAGCCCUUUCAAGUGGCCGCGGUCGAGGCUGUAAAGAUUGCCCGAAGCAAUGCUGGCUCUCAACUUGAUUUCAAGUGUUUGAACCUUGAGCAGUUCUUUGACUGGAAGAUUGACACCGUGCCAGAAGCACCAAUUAGGACGAAAGGUUUUGACAUACUGAACUCUGAACUGCGGGCUGCGGACAUUCAAGUUCCCGAAUCUACAGGUGUGCGCGAUGGUGCCUUCCCGCGUAUACACUUCAGGGGCAAAUAUGAAAAAGCAAAAGCACUGAACAAGGUGGCAAUCAAGAGCGUGUUUCGAUUCAGGUACAGGCCGGCCCCGUACCAGGUCGAAGUGACAAUCACCCGUGAGUGGGAGAAGGUUGUAGCCAUGGGAGACCAGCCAUUGAACAGUUUUGGCGUCGUCAUCUACGGCGAACGUUGGGGAGAAAGUCGAGCGCUGGAGCUCACCAAGACUGGUCAAGGCUGGGGCCCAGAGCUAGAACACCUGUUUGUCGAUCGCCAAAAUGAUAUUCACGCAGGGCUAGAUCGUCUAUCCAGUGGAGAUGAGAGAGCUCAGUGCCUCAUCGAUGCCAUCCACAACAUUCGGAGCGCUCUAUCUGUCUGA